UUGUGUGUUUCAGCACUAGUCACUAUGCUGGGCAUAUUCUGGUUCAAUGCAAGACAGCUCAGUUUCCAUGCCUGCAUUGCUCAGACAUUCUUCAUUCAACUAUUUACUGUCAUGGAGUCUUCAGUGCUCCUGGCAAUGGCUUUUGACUGCUUCGUUGCCAUUUGUAACCCACUGAGAUAUAUUACUAUCUUGACUGAUUCCAGAAUAAUCAAAGUGUGGUUUGCCAUUCUUGUCAGGGGAACAGUCAUCCUAUUGCCUCUGGCCCUGCUUCUUAAGCGUCUGUUCUUCUGUCAAAGCCGUGUGCUCCAUCAUUCCUACUGUUUCUAUCCUGAUAUAAUCCAGCUUUCAUGUUCUUACAACAAGAUCAACAGUGUUUUAGGACUUACUGCCCUCAUAGUUACAGCAGGAGUGGACUCCAUAUUUAUUCUUCUCUCUUACAUUCUGAUUAUUAAGACUGUCCUAAGCAUUGCUUCCGGAGAGGAGCGGCACAAGGCCUUUAGCGCUUGUAUUUCCCACAUAAGCGCUGUUGCUAUCUUCUACAUCCCUCUCAUUAGCUUGUGCUUUGUCCAUCGAUUUGGGAAAACAGCCCCUCCUUAUGUACACACUCUUAUGGCAAAUGUGUAUUUGCUUAUUCCACCUGUGAUGAAUCCCAUAAUCUAUAGCAUGAAAACCAAGCAGACUAUUCAGGCUAUUCAGAAAGUCCUCUUUCCCAAGGGAUCCAAAGCCUAACCCUAACACCUAUCCAAUAAAGUCUAUUCCUUAGUUAUUAUUUUCAGGGCCUAGUGUUUGAUGAGUUAUGAACCCUUUUCUCAGUGACCUAAAACUAAAAGAAAUAGAAGGUUGGGUGGGGUGGUCAGGCAAGUAUAAUUUGGUAGAAAUUUUUCUUAUCUUUUUUUUGUUUGUUUUUAACUUUUUAUCAGAGAAAA